GGCCAUGCGGGCGGCUCGGCCGUGCGCGGUGUGCGGGGCGGACGGCGCCUCCAAAUACCGCUGUCCGCGCUGCGCUGCCGCAUACUGCUCCGUGCCGUGCUGCAAGGCGCACAGAGAGCGAUGCGCGCCGCAGAGGGAACCGCCGGCAGAGGAACGGGCGGCGCAGCGCGGCUCUCCUGCGGACGGCGCGUGGUCGGUGGCCGACAUACUGACAGAGGAGGACGAGCAGGACCGCGUCCCGCUGCAGAAACUCCGGCUGCUGGGAGAAUCAGAAGAACUGAGAGGUUUGCUGCUGAACCCACACCUCAGGCAGCUGCUGCUGACCAUUGACCAAGCAGAAGACAAAAGCUCUCUCAUGAAAAAAUACAUGCAGGAGCCACUCUUUGUGGAGUUUGCAGAUUGCUGCUUGAGGAUUGUGGAACCCCCAGAGAAGGAGAACAUUCUUCCUGAGUGAGCUUGGGAAUAUUUUUUGUUCCUUCAGGUUUUCCUCUUACAAAAGCCAUUCUGCAGCACCCCACGGUGCACUGUGCCAUGUAUUACCCCCAGUUCAGUUGCUCAUGAAUGUCAGCACUCCAAUUUUCAUUUUAGAGUUGAUAAAUAAUGACGUGGUGCUGGACAAAUUUCUAGAUGCUAGGAAUUGAAUUUGGUAUUAUGUGGACUUGCCCUCUGUUGGUACAGAAAUACUGUCACCUGUGGGAAAUAUCACUUCCCAGUAACAAUUAUAUUAAAUAUACUGGCAUUUGUCUUAACUCACAAAA